AUGUCGGAUAAAGAUCACAACCAGUCAUACCAACUAGAUGUUUCACAUAAUGAAACACAGACUUCCCAAUUUCUUCUUCUGGGAAUUUCAGAGGACUCCAGCUUGCAACCCUUCCUCUUUGGACUCUUCCUGUCCAUGUACCUGGUCACUGUGCUUGGAAACCUGCUCAUGAUUCUGGCCACAAUCUCAGACUCCCACUUGCACACACCUAUGUACUUGUUCCUCUCUAACCUGUCCUUUGCAGACAUCUGUUUCACAUCUACCAGCAUUCCAAAGAUGCUGGUAAACAUUCAGAUACAAAGCAAGGUCAUCACCUAUGAAGGCUGCAUCACUCAAGUAUACUUUUUUAUAGUCUUUGGGGUUUUGGACAAUGUCAUCUUAGAUGUGAUGGCCUAUGACCACUUUGUUGCCAUCUGUCAUCCCCUGCAGUACAUGGUCAUCAUUAACCUCAGGGUCUGUGGAUAUCUGGUACUGGGGUCCUGGAUCACAGCUGCCUUAAACUCCUUAUUACAAACCUUAACAGGGUUAAGGCUAUCCUUCUGUACAGACUUGGAAAUCCCACACUUUGUAUGUGAUCUUAAUCAAUUGGUCCUACUUGCCUGUUCUGACACCUUUGUUAAUGACAUGGUGAUGUAUUUUGCAGCUGUGCUGUUGGGUGGUGGUCCCCUUGCUGGUAUUCUUUACUCUUAUGCUAAUGUUGUGUCCAGAUUGCGAAGUCCCCAAAACCUCCAGGUGGCCGUUUCCGAUGUCUGUAGAGACUGGCUCAUAUUGGGACCUGAGUACCAUCAGCGGUACAGUAUUAAUGUGUUUUCUGAUGAACGAGACUCUGGCAACACUACAGCUAGACGACUCAAACAGCAACGGGUCUUGGUUAAAUUUGUUGGAAUAUAA